GGGGAUUUAGUCGUGGCCUUCGCCGAGAAUCCUGAGGUCUGUGCUCCUCCUGAAAAUGAGCGCGGGGUCAGCAGAAGAGCUUAAAGUUCCGCCUAUAAAGAGGAUUGUGCUCAUAAUAUUCCAUUGCCACCCGUCCGCCAACUGAAGCUCAACAUAAGAUUCUAUCUCUAAUUCUCCACCCUACCUCUAUGAGCCCUAAUCAGUAGGACCCUGCAGGUGAUUUUGUCAUAGAUCUCAAAUGGACUUUCGAAAUUGUGCAGUUACGUAAACAGAAGGAAAGAAACUCAAAAUAUCUUGUUAUUGGAAACCAGUUGAAUUUGUUGCAUUAGUUCCCUGCACUGAAGAGACUCCGAGUCAUUGUGUUAUUGUGAUAAGAUACAACCCAGAAGUACAUAAAAUAUGCUUCAUAUUUCCAAAUGGAGACAAAUAUGAGGGUGAAUGUACUAGAAUAUCUUCUGGAAUCUUUGAGAGAAAUGGAUCAGGGGUUCACACAACCCCCAAUGGAAUAACCUAUAUAGGGGCCUGGAAAGAUGACAAGAUGAAUGGAAUUGGAAGACUUACACAUUUUUCAGGAGCAGUAUAUGAAGGAGAGUUCAAGGACAACAUGUAUCAUGGAAUGGGGACUUACACAUUCCCAAAUGGAGCAAAAUAUACUGGAAGUUUUGUAGAAAACAGGGUGGAAGGUAAGGGAGAAUAUACUGACAUUCGUGGAUUGGAAUGGAGUGGUACCUUUCAUUACACAGCUGCACCGGGGCUGAAACUAAAACUACAGAUGUAGAUCUCCAAACUGAUGUAAUAACUUUCCAGUUGAUGUUAAUCAAAAGCAAUUAUGGUGAAGUUUCCAUUAAACAUUUCACAUACCACUCACUGUUCUGUAAGUUAUUCAAUAAAAUCAUCCAUACAUUUC